AUGUCUUCAGUUGACAUUGCUGGCUCGCACGCUACAUCCUCAUCAAACGCGAAUGCCAUCACUGCUGCCUCGGCUCUAGAUGCAAUGGCCUCAGCUUUGAAUAACACUCAGCUUAGCUCUAAUACCCCUGUUGGGGCUGUGCCUGGUGCCACCGCCACAUCCACACUCGCGAAUAUAAAUAUAAACAAAAAACCAGCCCACGAAGAUACAACAGCCAUAUUGCAAACAGCCAAUUCACCCACCCAUACUGCUAAUGCUGAUGCGACCCAACAGCAAUCCGCAGAUCCUCAGACACCUGCAGAAAAAAUCACAGCCUCAGGGAAUCCAUUGCCUCAAGGAGAGCAAUCAUUUGUAGCAGAUAGGCUUGUUGCCGACGAUACACAGCCCACUUCAAGUGGCGGUCUGGAUGCCUUGAAACAGUCUUUAGUGGAUACACCGUUCGAGGACGCUGAGAUUGCAUCCGAUAUCCAGGAACGCUCCCAUAUCAGCGACUUGGCUAGUUCUCCAGGUGCAGAUGAUGACAAUGACGCCAAAAGGCCCCAGGAGCCGAAAGAAGCAGCAUUGGAUGAGGAUCGGAACACGAUAAAGGAUAUCAAUAAGCAUAUGAACAACCAGACUUCUGACUUGUCCGUUGAUGAUCGGACAGACGGCAUUAUCUCAAAUAAGCCUUUGGAUUUAACGUCUACUUUACCCGACAUACUCCCAGGGACAGCCUUGAUGCCCGACACAUUACCUAGCAUUAAUGAGGAGGAAUCAUCAGAGCCGACAGCAUCAUACACAUCGCCUAACCACGAAUGGGCACGGAUCCUUCAGAGACGACUCGGCAAGGGACUCAGUGAUGCUCAAUUACUAGCUCGUUCGAAUAGUAUGUUGGCGUCUCCUAGUAUCUUGGCGCAGUCGCUAACCCAAGUCAUCCCUAAUCUUCAAGUCAAGGAUUCCUCAGUAGUAUCACCUGGAUCUUCGGGAAGGGAAUAUCAGACAGCUGAGGAGCUCUUUGAUCGGCCAGCCACAAUUGAGCAUACUGCUCCGGCUUUCCAUUACGAUGACCAAUUUGAUAGAGAGGAAGUUUUCCCUUCAACAGCUUUGGCCAACAAUGCAAAAUCACAACUUCUCCUUUUCGCUCCUUUCAAUCCUGAUCAGCUUGGGAAGCCAUCAAGCUCAUCACAGCCAACAGUACCUCCACCAACUGAUAGUUCGUCAAUUAAAAAGCAGCCCCAACCUCAACCUCAACCUCAACCUCAACCUCAACCUCAACCUCAAUCACAGCCUAAUUUGGUACCUGCUCCUAUAUUACAUCAACCCCAUCUUCAUAUACAGCCUCACCAACAGCAGCAGGCUGUUUCAGCAGUUUUGGCGGCUGGACAGCAACCAGUAUACGUAGCGCAUCCACCAAUACCCAUCCCAAUCCCUCCUAUCGCUGCGGCAUCAUCACCAGCAUCACGAUGUCACAUAGUUUCUCCGCCAGUAGCUGAUACAAGGCAAUCGCAACUUAAUUCGCGUGACUCAGGAACUGCAACCAGAAGUUAUCGUCAUAGUCUCGCACAGCAUGCAUCGGGCCAAGAAGAAAGGUCAGGAUCAAACUCUCAUGGAGCCCUCAACGCCAAACCCCUUGCUGCUCAGGGGUCAUCCUCCUCGCUAACAGCAGUGCCUACCUCAUCAGCCUCAAGAGACCAACAUCCCAGCAGCAUACCAAAUUAUCCCGCGCCAAUCCAAUAUACCCCAGUCACUCAAUAUAAAGCAAAUCCCUCUAAGGAGAACUCAAAGCCUAAUAAGAAAGCACGGGAUGUCAUUAUAGCUGCCAGGGAAGCGACCACCCAUACUGAAUCAUUAAAAGAGACAACAGCUUCUACAGAGGUUAAGGAGCCAGGCCCUGUGAUAGAAUCCGCUACUCCAACUACAACGCCCAUCGCACUCUCUGUUGUUGUCACUCCUGUUGCGCCCAUUACGCCUACUGCAUCUGUCACGCCUACUGCAUCGGGCACACCCACUGCGCCUAUUCAGGAUGCAGCAACAGGAACUGAAGUCGGAGGUAAAAAAUUGGAAGAAUCUCCAGCGGUUGAAUCUACUGAAUUAUGGGCUCUAGAAGCAUUGUCUGGAUUAUCAGGCGUUAAUUUCGACGCUACGUUGCCAGUCAGCAUGGCUGUGGCAACAACCCUAGCAAGCGCCAUGCAACCAAAAGAUGCUCUUGACCAAUCUCCAAUGACGGUCCCACCGAUCAGUUCUGGCUCAAGGAUCAAUGUUGCUCAUGUAGGAGGUUCACCCAAAGUAGCUACGUUGAUCCAAUCGCCUUUUGAAUCAAAUCAGAUUAUGACAGAGGACAUCCGACUGAAGCAAAAGAGUACACCGGAGUUGCGACCUCCAACGCCUCAGGCAUCAUCGACUGUUGACACAUCAUCUCAAAACCCAACCGUUGCUAUGCCUCCGCCAACUGCAUCAACUGCAUCAACUGCUGCGGAAAUUACUUCUUCAUCCUUAUAUCCUGUAUCAUAUCCACCAAUAACCGGCGCUCACUCAACACUUGCAUCUACUGAGCAAAGCACAUUGACAGCGGCACACAGACAUGGACGUCCUAGUGUUCAUCACCAAGGCAAUCGAAGUGUUUCAAGUCUAAGGGAUUUUCACUUGCACAGCUCAUCAAUGGAGAGACCUAGCCAUGAAUAUGGACAUGCUCGACGUGGCGACAUGAGUGCAGGAGCAGAUUUUACACCGACACCAUUACCAUUGCCGCAGGCAGCACCACUUGUAACGCCAUCACCAUUCAGUCUAGGCUCAGGAUACCAAAUUCCAUGGUUGCCUCAAAGCCGACCAAUCCUUCCUUCUAAGGCGGAUAUCAACUCCAUAGAUGUUCCAGCGCUGAUAGGGAAACAACAGCUUCCUUUAGGCCCCCGCCCGCUAGAAUUGGAUACCCUCGACCCUUGUCUUCAGUUUAAACACAUUGGAGAAGCCCUGCGUCAUUGGGGCCAACACACUCCUGAGAAUAAUGCAUUUGCAAGUUUGGAUGGUAAAGGCAUCGAAUGUGCUUCUUGGGAUUGGUCAUUCACACUUGGAAGAGCAGAAAUGGUCGCCAAAGCAAUUCACGAUAAAACUCAGCUUGAUCCAGGAGCAAGAGUAGCGCUUGUGUUCCGCCUCUCAGAAAUCCAUGAGUUUGUCGCUGCAUUUUUUGGUGCUAUAUUAGCGGGUGUCGUACCAGUACUUAUCAACCAGAUCCAAGACUUUUCGGAAAUGGUGUACAUCAUGACUUCAGCAAAAGUUGAGUUGGCUUUGACAACACAGUUUAAUCAUAAAUCCCUUCAAAAAGAUCUUAAAAAGGGAGCAGUAUGGCCAUCCGGAGUAACAUGGUGGCAAACAGACAUUCUCGAGACUUGGGCGCCCAAGAAUAACCAGCAAGAGCGUUUAGCUCUUUCUGACAAUGAAAUAGCCUAUAUAGAAUUCACCAAAUCCGCAUCAGGAGAACUCAAAGGCGUUACGAUUAGUCACAAAGGCUUGAUAUCUCAAUGCCAAGUACUUUAUUCGAGCUUUCGAUGGAGACCAACGCUCUACCGCGAUAAGAAUGGGCAUCUACAAACCGAUCCACUCUUAGCGGUCGAUCCUUCAGCCCUUCAGCUUAAAGAGCGAAAGAAGAAAGCCAACCAGAUUCGUCCCCCAGGAACUGUGAUGACGUGGCUAGAGCCUCGUCAGCAAUCAGGCCUUAUUUUGGGAGCAAUCAUGGGCGUUUUUUGUGGAAACUUUACGGUCUUUAUGGAGAGCGCUAUCACAGCGGUAUCUGGACUGUGGGCUCACUCUAUAGCUGCAUACCGAGCUACUAUUGCUUUCGCUGACUAUGUUGGCGUGCAGAAGCUUUUACGGAACUUUAGGAUCAAUCCCCAGGGAACUCUUACGCCUACGCGUCCAGACCUUCGAUUUUUACAGACUGUCUAUAUCGAUACUCAGUCUAAUGAUCCAGUCCUGAAUUAUGAGUUCUUGGACGACUUCUUGUACCCACUUGGAAUGGUUCAGCGCCAUGAUCCACAUGCCAUGCUGGAUAACACGAUCUCCGGACCUGAGGAAAAAUCAUCUGCUUCUAAUUCAACGAAAGUGAGAAGUGAUCUCGGAGUGGUAGCAUUUUUGAGCCUGGCAGAGCUCGGAGGGAGGAUUGUAUGCCUACGAGAUGCUCUAGAGGCACCACGUGGUGUGGAAAAGAUCGAUCUUCGCAAGCAAUACCGCAAAUCAACCCUCCCUCGUCUAAGGCGUGCUUCAGAAAGCGUAGGGCAAGAUACCGAUUUGACUGGCUCAGGUAACGGAUCAAAUCAGGUCCUGCAAGGGGACAAUUCUAAUGUUGGCAAUCUUGCGAGACAUUCAGUAUCGUCAAUGACCUGUGGUGAAUACCUACUUCACAGGGGGGCGUUACGAUCGAAUCGCAUCGCUAUUUUGGCAACGGGUGAAGAAGCAUAUAGACGCAGGGAUGAACCUGGUGCAAUCUUUGUGGGGGCUUUUGGCUAUCCACUGGCGACCUCAACUGCGUUUAUUGUGGAUCCAGAAACAUUGGCACUCUCGUUACCCGAUGUCGUUGGAGAGAUUUGGCUAAGCUCACCAGAUAUGCCGGAUGGUUUUUGGGGACUUCCUGAACACACCCAGGAAGUCUUCAAUGCUAAACCCUACAUCGUGACUGAAGAAAAUAUGAUGCCAGCUGUCUACCAUCCUCCAGGCUGCGAUAAAGUCAUGCGGACCAGUCUACUGGGUGCACUGAUCGAGGGGCGUAUCGUAGUGUUUGGUUCUUAUUGGGAUCGAUUGCGUCAGGAUAUAGCGGAUCCUAUGAAACCCAGCGCCAUACAAUAUGAAUAUCAUCACUGUUCUGAUUUGAAGAGGACGUUGUACAGUAAAGUGGGAGGUGUUGGAGAGAUCUCCAUCUUCGAAUGUCUUGUCAAUAAAGAAUAUCUACCAGUAGUCUGCAUUGAGCUCUCAAGAGACGGCAGAUGGGGCGGCCAGAGUAUCAAUACUGUAGCACAACACGUGGGUAUCAAUGCUAGACAUGUAUUACAGACGGUGAAUGCCCUGCGGAGUUAUUGCGUGGCAGUUUGGGACACGAAUGCACUCCCAAGACUCUAUGAGAAUGGCAGGAGGAUCUUGGACCAUGCUAUGUGUAAGAAGAUGUUCGAGCUUGGAAGGAUCUACAAGAUUCUCUAUUUUGCCACUUUUACAGACGAUGUACUAUUCAAUAUUCCACGAGGAGACGACCUAACCGACGGUUUCUGGAGUCGAGAAUGUGUGAUCAAGCGACAGCGUCGUCAGGCGACCCCUAUCCGAUACGUUCAAUACACAACCAAUAUCACAAGUCCUGAUGCCUAUGAUGAGAGGAUGAAAGAGCACAUGGGCAAAUUCCAUAAUAUCACAGAUAUUUUGAUGUGGCGAACUAUCAUUCAACCAGAUGAAAUCGCAUUAAUUGAGCUAGAUGCACGAGGCAAAGAGCAAAAAUCUCUCACUUUUAAAAAACUUAAUCACAAGGUCACCGGAUAUGCAAUCCUCCUGGAUAAGAAGCAUGGAUUGAAGGCAGGAGAUCAUGUCUUGCUUUGGUUUACACAGGACCUUGACUAUAUUAUCACGCUCCACGCUUGUUGGGUUCUAGGCCUUAUCCCUAUCCCCCUUCCUCUACCUGAUAAUGGCCAAUCAGUCCAUAUUCACAGUGCAGUUCAUGGUUCAUUUUUGGGCGGUCAUCCAGGGUCAGGUUCAUUGGCUCUUGGUGGUAAUCCGAAUUUACCAUUAAUGUCAAACAACUCAUUUAUUCCGGCAUUGGCUUCAGAGGCUGUGGAGGAGAGAAGAGCAGGGAUCCUACGUGCAUUUUUACGUAUUAUGGAUGAAGUCAAGGUCAAGGCCAUUUUAGGCAAUACUGUAACGGAUGACUUUUUAAAACAAAAGUCGACAAUCAUUCACCUAAGAGCCUGUCGUGCAACAUUUACAGCGCAUCAUCAGCAAACAAUGGAGUCAUCUUCAUCUUCAGACGUUGUUUUACCGACAUUUUACAAUGUCAGUAAAGCCAACAAGACCAAACAUUCUCUGGGGAUGCUAUCUGGAUAUGCACCCAAAAAGGAAUGGCUUAUGUCAACCUAUCCUGCGGUUUAUCUGAUUGACCCUGAAUCAAAAAUUAACUCUAUGGCCUCUAAAAAGCUGGUAAAGCUCAGCCAUGAAACAUUAAAUAAUUUGUGUAGGAAUCAGAAACUUCAGUUUAAUGCCCUCAGUGGUCAAGCUGUUGUACCUGUGAUGAGCAUUUUUCAUGGCCUUGGUUUUAUUCAUGGAGGGCUUUUUGGAAUCUAUAAUGGCGGUCCUACAGUGCUUAUGCAGACUGUUGAUUUUUAUGCCAAUCCAUUCGUAUGGUUAGAGGUUGUUACGAGAUACAGAGUGCAAGAUGUCGCAUUGACAUAUCCAUUGUUGGACCAGCUACUCUCGCGUCUGGAUGGAAAUCAUGGGAUGCCAGCAUCAGGCACUAUUUCGCUAGAUGGUGUCAAGAAUUUCAUGAUAUGUGGUCAUGGACGAGUACAACGGGACAAAAGAAAGAUGGCUAUUAGUCGACUCGGGCCACUCAAACUUGAACCCGAGGCUGUCAAUUUGAUCUAUAGUCAUCCUCUGAAUCCUAUGGUGACUUCGCAAGCAGAGCGAGAUGCAGGACCAGUUCGCAUCCACGUUUCUUCCAGAAAUUUGCGGUAUGGUAUUAUUACUCCGACCUCCGAGGGCGAUGAUCCUACUGGCGUCUGGCUAGAGGAUACUGGGGUUUCCACUGUCUGUACUUCAAUCGCAAUUGUGCAUCCUGAGACAUUUGAGGUUUGUGCUGCCAAUCAGGUCGGCGAGAUCUGGAUAUGUUCUGACUCGAACGUUAGCUCGUUUUAUGUGCCACCUGGAAGUACUAUGAAUCCGAGCCAUGUACAGCCGUUCAAUGCCUGCAUAACUGGAUAUGAUAACCGUAUUCGAUAUGUGAGGACAGGUGAUAUUGGGUUCUUAUGGAACGGUCAACAACAACAUAUAUUACAAAGGCAGCACUCAUUCUCAAACCAAAAUCAGUGGGGUGGAGCUCAGGCUAGCCAUGCAGGAUCUGGUUCAUUCCAACUGUUUGUGUUAGGAGGCAUGGAUGAAUCGUUCCAGGUACACGGUUUACUCCACUUUGCAACAGAUAUUGAAACUACAGUAGAAAGUGCGCAUGCUAAUGUCGCAUUGCAGGGCUGUGUUACCUUCAAAAUGGCCCAUGAGCAGGUGAUCUGUGUAGUGAAGGUGCAAAAUCAAGAGCCAGAGGUUUUGCUCUCGAUGUAUAUCCCUGUAAUGCAUGCCAUUUUGGAGCAACACCAAUUCUUGCCAGACACGAUUGUACUUGUUGGGGACCAGGUCUCUACCGCUCGACAAGUAUCGGAUGGGCUUAAGCCUAGAGACUCCAUCCGCAAACUGUACAGCGCUGAACGACUUCCAAUCCUCCAUUUACAUCAUUGUCGCGGAAAGCCAUUACCACCUGUAACUAGCACACUGCUGCCUCCCAUUGACGAACGAUCCACGUCUGAGACACCAACAGGUUCAACAACGGCGGCUAGCCGCGCACACCCAUACUCACAACUGUCUCAUCCACCUAAUAUCAGUGUACAGCAGCAGCAAGCGUCAACUACCACAAACGCAAACAGAAUUAUCAAUGGCGUUAGUUCAACCCCUCUACUUCCUUCGGGGUCGAAUCGAAAUAGCAUUUAUGGCUCACCAUUGCUUAUCAACAAUAUUCCACUGCCACCAGGAGCACACAACCCCCUCGCCAAUAGCCCAGCAAUGGCGUACAAGCCGCAGACACAAUAUCAGCCAGGAUAUAAUCCAACCGUGAGUGCGUCUAACGCGCAAUCUAUUUCAGCACCAAGCAUUGGAUCUAACCACUCUAAUGCUCAUGCCCCGCUCUCGUCCACUGCUGUUGCUGCUGCUGCUUUAUCCAGGCCAGUGUCUCAGCAAGGAUAUUCGACCAACUCUCCAUAUACAGGACCUAGCAACCAUAGCGCAGGCGUUGGCACUGGAGUUAGUUCGAACACAACACCUGCUUCAGCUCUUGUAGCGCAAAAUCUUUUCAAUGAAUUGGCUAUGUAUACAAGUAAUUCCAGUGGAUCUGAUCGAUCGCGCAGCCAUCGCCAUACACAGCAACCACUACAACAGCAUAGCAGUCAACCUCAUCUACUUGCUCAUGGACAACGGCCGAUCCAUCCACGACAAAUUCAAGGGCAAGAGGCAAGGUCCGUAUCUUCGGAAGAGCUCAGACUGGAUGGAAGGGGUACAUCUGGUGGAGCUGUCAAGAGUAUCAUGAAAGGAAUGAAUGCCAAAUGGUCCGAGAUUAAAAAAGCAAGCUUACCUUAG